AUGCGACAGAUAAACCUAUUCCGAGGCUGGCCGAACCCGUCCCUCCACCCCCUCCCCGCCCUAACCACAGCCACAUCCACCAUCCUCUCCAACCCGCUCCUCUCCGCCCCGGCCCUCAGCUACGGGCCCAAUGAAGGCGAUGCCUCCCUUCGCGCGGAGAUCGCCCGCUGGCUCUCCGAGUUCUACACCCCCCCAUCCCCGGUAACCGCCUCCCGCAUAUGUAUCACUGGUGGCGCAAGUCAGAACCUGGCUUGUCUGCUCCAGGUGUUUUCGGACCCUCUGUACACGCGAAAUGUUUGGUUGGUGGUGCCAACGUAUUAUCUGGCGUGUCGGAUUUUUGAUGAUGCGGGAUUUUCGGGCAAGUUGAAGGGGGUGAGCGAGGAUGCGGAGGGGGUGGAUGUGGAGGAGUUGGAAAGGGGGCUGGAGAGCAGUGAGGGGCGGGCUGGGGCGGAGAAGUGCUGGGAGCGAGAGCGGAAUUCUGAAUCGAGAUGGACCCUCAAACCUCCACGCUCAUGGCGGAAGCUAUACAAACACAUAAUCUAUACAACCCCGACCUUCUCUAACCCCUCAUCGAAAGUAAUGAGCCUCCGCCGUCGCGAGGAGCUGGUCCGCCUCGCCCGUAAAUACGACGCCCUAAUCAUAUCCGAUGAUGUAUAUGACCAUCUCCAAUGGCCCGUUUCCGCCUCGCCGUCCCCAUCAAAAAUAUACCCAGACAAAGCACUCGUCCCGCGCAUCGUUGAUGUAGACCGAUAUCUCGACGGCGGACCACAGGACGACUUCGGGAAUGCCGUUAGCAACGGCAGCUUUAGCAAAAUUGUCGGUCCUGGUUGUCGUGUCGGCUGGGCGGAAGGGACGGAUAAAUUUGUCUAUGGCUUGUCACAGACCGGCUCCUCCCGCUCAGGCGGCUGCCCUUCGCAACUUACCUCGACGUUCAUCCGUGAACUUCUCUCGACAAACUCGCUGCAAACGCAUAUUAGGAACGUAUUGCAGCCUGAGUAUUCCAGUCGCUAUUACACACUCACUGCUGCUGUGCGGAAACACCUCGUCCCGCUUGGCGUGUUGUUGACAAAUGCAGAUGGAAAUGCAAAUGCAAGUGCAAGUGCAAAUGCAAAUUCCGGUACCACCGCAGGCGGCUAUUUCCUCUGGCUUCGUCUCCCGCGAGGAUUGAAAGCUAGCGACCUAGCAGGCAAGGCACAGGGGGAGGAGGAUGUAGUUAUUGCCGGAGGGAAUUUGUUCAACGUUGCUCGGGAAGACGGAUAUAGAACUGAUGCCGACAAGGUUGCCUUGGGUGAAGCUGAAGAUUUUGAGAGUUAUGUUAGGUUGUGUUUUGCGUGGGAGGAGGAGGAGAAAUUUGAUGAAGGGGUUGAAAGGCUUGCGAGGUUGAUCAGGAGGGAAUUGGAACGCACGUGA